AUGGCUUUUUCUUCAACGCUGUCGAUGCUGCCACUCGAUUUGAUAAGAGAAAUAAUUUUGAGGACUCCAGCAGAAUCUCUGGUCCGAUCAAUGCUAAAAUGCAAGAAGUGGAACACUCUCAUCAACGACAAGGACAAGAAGUUCAUCUACGAACACUUGGAUCGCUCCCCCGUACGAUUCCUAAGAACUGACCAGACGGUACAAGCCAUGGAUCUGGUGAACAGAACACGUUCACACUUACCAAUCCUAGACAAUUUUCCAUACUUCAUGUCAGAUAUGCGAUACUCGAUUCACUGUGAUGGACUCAUGUUGUGUUCGUGGGAUAACCAAUGCUCAUUCCCUAAGGUCAAGUUCACCAAGCUCGCCCUUUGGAAUCCCCUCACAAGGAAUAUCAACUGGGUCGAACCUAGGCCCUCCUCUCGAUUGUUCGUGACUUUUGAUUACUACGGGAUCGGAUACCAAAAUAAUAGUCGAUGUGAUUACAAAAUCUUGAGGUUUGCAGCUAGACACUAUAAAGCACCGGUUGAGAUAUACGAGUGCAAGUCGAAGUUGUGGAGAAUCCUUGAUGAAGUAUUGGCUUGUUAA